UUGUCAAAGAUAAAUUUGAAAACUUACAAACGGCAUCGGAUGUAAACAAGUCGUGUUUCCGCAUUCAAAAGUUGCUAACUAAAGUUUUUAGACGGAUUGAAUCAAAAGAAAGUGGAAAUUUAGUGAUUCAAGUUUAAUCAUUUAGAUAAUUCGAGAAUCGUAAUCAUCUACAGGUGCGAAACCGUUCGACAAGACAUCAUGGAUCCUGUCAAGAUUCCCUUGGCUGCCAACUGGAAUCUAAUAUCAUCAACGGCUGCUUGUCCAGAUGGUGGCUUCCUGUACAUUGGCUUCAAAUCAGUGAAUUAUAUUUCUGCAAUCAAAGAUGACGAAGUUCCAGUGAUUAAAGCGAUUUCCAUGAGGCAAAAAAUAAAAAGCAUUGAUUGCGAUCCUGACUGGUCAGAAACAAAAUAUUUUGCAGCUCUAGCCGAUGACAAUACUGUUCAAGUGUGGGAUCUGAAUGCUAGUCAGGCAGAGAAAGGGCAUAAAGCUCAUAUCAAGGUAAUAGGGAACAUUACUUCCAUUGGAGAUGGCGACGGCCCUCCUGAUUCGGUGGCGAUGUGUUUCCUCCAAAAUCGGACGGUUUUAUCCAUCGAUUCGACUUGCAUAGUAAAGUAUUGUGUUAGUUCGAAUCGAUAUACCAAGAACAAACGCAUUUUGAGUAACAAACACAAAAUUACCAUUGCCAAAGGUUCGCCGUAUGACGAGAAUUUGAUUGCUUUCGGAAGUGUUCGAGGAUUGAUUUUCUUAGUAAACCUGGCAACUGAAACGAUUGUGUCAACAUUUUGUGGUCACUCGCGAGAUAUAACUUCAUUCAGCUGGAUUGUGGCACCUGCCCCAACUCAGCCACGCCCGACUAAAACGCCUGUGCGCAAGUUUUCCCGCAAAGUCGCUGCAGCUCAAAACGUCUCAACCGAUGAUGUAUUCGACAUUUACGACUUCGAUUACUUAGAAAAUGAAUUCGGUGUACCAGCACGGUUAGACGCUAAAAUUCCUAGCGAUGCAGAAAGUGCCGACAACGAACCACAAGAUGCUCCCAGCAACGAAAAUUUUAAUUUUAUUGAAGCCUGUAAAAGUCUGAAGGAUGAUAUACUUGCACGAAACCGAGAGGAUGCAUUUCAGGACUCACCUGCACGUCAACAGCGGCAAGUUACAUUAGAAGAUUGCCAGCAAGCAAUACACGACAGAGAAGAAACAUGCACAAGUCGUUCAUUUGAAUGUGAUUCCGAAUUGAGCGUUGAAUUUCCGGAGUCGAGUGAAGAUUCACUUUUAGAAGAUUUUCAGAACAAUUGCACGUUAACCUCGAACGUGGAUUCAAAUGGGUUAAGCAAAGAAAGGGCAACAUCGCAAGAUGUAUUUCUUGCGUCCGGUUCUUUGGACGGAAGCGUUUGGAUCUGGAACAUCAGAACUGGUGAAUCUGUGGAUCAGAUAUCAUUAAAAGGGCCACAUAACCAACACGGCAACAAUUAUAUCGAAGUAACUUGGCUGAAUGCAAAUACUCUCAUCACGAAUAACAAGUCUUGCGAACUAGCAAUAUAUGCAGCUGGUCCAUCUGCAAAUAAGAAGGUAGAAUUCAAACGAGAGAAGCAUGAAUCAAAGCAAAGAAAUGUGGUCGGUCUUUGCAAGAUGGUCAACUGUCCUAUAGUGUGGACGAUCUCAUCGCGACGAGAGCUAGUUUGUGAAAAUAUCGAAACAAAGCAAACAUUAGCAAAAUAUUCAUGUGCUGUGACUGGGGUUUCAGCGAUACGCGAAAAUCCAGGUGACAUGAACCGAGUUGCAAUUGGUUUUCCAGAUCGGCGUAUUGGACUAAUGUCACUUGGCUCAAUUACUCCAACAAAUAUUACAAUGGAAUGUUUAACAUUAAAGGAAGACACGCAAAUUGUAUCACUUUGCUGGAGCUCUAAUGCUAGGUACUUGGCUUUCGGAACUGGCGAGGGACGGGUCGGAGUUCUCGAUAGUGAAAAGACGACUGGUCCCAUAGUCUUGAUGAAGCCCUUCUCGGGGAAACCUGUCUAUUCGCUUGCUUGGAGUAGCAACACAAUUUUUGCCUGCAGCCAAGAAAAGGUGGCGUAUUAUGAAUGGAAUGGCAAAGCGCAGCAUGCAACGAAAUUGGACUCCAUUAAACAGGCCUCAACCAUUGCAUUGCAUGAAAAUUUGUUAUUGGUUGGAACCCAAAAUGGAGAUGUUGUGCUUUACACUCGUUCGGAUGGCUCUUCAGUUGAUUUUAAAUUAAUCAGCGCCAAACACACCUCUUCAAAGUACAUUAGCGAAAUAAGCUUUAAUCCACUGAAUCCGACGCUUGUAGCAGUUUCAUCGCCGUCAAACAACGUAACGAUUCUUAAAAUUGUUGAUCUUUGUUUGGAAACAGACCGCAUUCUAGGAACACACGACUUUCAACCAGGCAAUCCUUGGGUCAAAUGGAGCAACAAAAAUGAGAAUCUUCUGCUUUCGUGUGGUUUUGAUGGUUCCAUUGCCAUUUGGAAUUUAUCACAACCUAAACAAGAGCUGACGUUCGUAAAGCAUUUCGAUUCGCCUAUGCUUUGUGCGAUUUUCUCACCAAUCAAUGAAGAUAUUGUGAUAUGUGCGGGCAAAGCUACUUCAAUUGAAAUGUUUAACUAUUUGGACACACCAGCAGAGAAUCUAGGGAAAAGCAAGCAUAAAAAGAAGCAUUUAGGAGAAGUGCAGUGGGGGACUCGAUUAGAUAAUGCUGCCCCUUUGAAAAAGAAGUCUAAACAAAAGCAAAAGGAUAAUAAAGUCGAUGAUGGAAACUUAGAAAUGCUUGAAAGGUUAAAGUCGAUUAAAGGCGAAGGAAAUGAUAUCCCAAUGGAAUCAGACCCUAAUUCUAAUUUUAUAGCAAAGAAUCCUUCUACUAUUUUACACCUUCUUGCAAAGGAACUGAAUAAGGAUACUCUUCAAAGCAUUCGGAACGUAUUGGAAAACAAUUCUGAAUCACCGCUCAUUUCUGAGAAACUUUUCGGUUCUCGUCAAGAUGCUGAAGAUAUUAUGAAUGCUGAAAUGAAAAAUCAUGAAAUAUCAAAUACAAAAUCAAUUGGUCGAACUCUAAUUCCACAAAUCACCGGCAAUCUUAAAGAAGAAAUUUUGCAAUGCAUAAAAUCAAAGAAAUUGAACGAAACUCACAUCUCGCUGGCGCCAACGAUUUCAUAUGAUUUCUGGAAAAAAUGCUGCAAAGCAUACGCUAAUCAACUAUUGGAAAUUGGACUUGUACUGAACGCGGCAUCGUAUCUUUUGGCUUGUCAUGAAAUUAGGGAAAGUGUAGAUUACUUAAUGGAGAAGCAUUAUUAUCGUGAAGCGUGGAUUAUUGCAAAAAUGCAUAUCGAUAGCAGAGAUCCGAUGUUUGAUGAUUUGCUGAAGGCAUGGGUUGAACAUAUUUCUUCCACGGGAAAUUAUGAAGGAGCUGCUUUGUUGUGUACACUCGCCGGAAACUACAGUGGAGCCUUGAAAUGUUUGUCAGAGCGAAGACAACAAACAGAUGAACAUCGUGAAGUUAUGGAGGCCUUGGAGACUAAAGUUCCAAUUUAAUUCCGAUUUUCUCAUUUCUCUUGGGAAAAACAUCUAAUUAGAAUAGUAAAUGACCUCUUUCUCCAUUCGUUUUUAUUAAACCAAUUUUGAAUACUGCAUAGGCGUAAUGUAUUUGUCUUUGUUGUUUUAAUCAUUUCAACUAGUAAAAUAACUAAACUAGAAAACAGGAGUCUGAUAGUGUUAAGAUUGGUUAUAAAAUUCUUCGAUUAUUAUUGUCUAAAAGAAUAUUUGAUGAAAUAAAAAUUUAA